GUUUGCAUGUACUUCCCGAGCUAGCUGGGAUGUAGAGGUAGGGUUGCUGGACUCGGAAGGUUGGAGCCCACUCGUUUGCCUACAAGAAGUGCGUUUUACAUUCAUUUAUCAUUCCGAUGUGCGCGCUUUUAUUUUGGGCGAGAGUUUCAAUAUUUCUGGUGGGUGAGAAUGUGUUUUUUCCCUUUCUUUUUGACAUCAAUCUCCGAGGCUGCAGCUGUGUGAAGCUGGCUGGACUGGCAGAUCCCUCCCCUUCGGCUGGAUUGCUUUGCUGUUGCAUAAAGGACGCCGAUUAUGUCAGCAAUCUGAACGGCAGUCCAAGGUUGUUGGGAUAAAAGACUGACUUGUGGAGCCAUUGUUUUACCUGCUAGCUGGAUUCCUCGUCCUGUGUGUAAUAACAUGUCUAGCGGCCAUCAGGAAGGAACCAGCAAACCCGAUGCCCUGGAUAACAUUGACGACGCUCAGCCCACUGUCACAGAGAGGAGAAACAAGAGCGGCAUCAUCAGCGAGCCUCUGAGUAAAAGUCUGAAGAAGUCUCGUGCUUUGUCACAGUACUCCACCGUCGGCAGUGCUAGCUCUUUAAAUGGACAAUUACACAAAGGAAGCAAUGUGGAGAAAAGCAGCACUACCUCCACAACACAAAAAAACAUUGCGCAAGUGUUGAACAAAUUGGAAAGGGCAUCCGAAAUCACAGAAGGACAGAAUGGGUUACACUUCUCCCAGGCAGCUGAGUUGCUGAAACGGGCCGGGGCAGAACACAUGCUUCUCCCGAGUGACCAGGCACCUGGGAUCAGUGACAUCGAGGCUGUCACGGCCACAGAAGCCAUGAACAGCCCUGCCGACUUCCCCUACAUAGGGGGCUUUCCUUUCAACCCCGGCCUUUUCAUCAUGACCCCUGCCGGGGUGUUUUUGGCAGACAGUGCACUGCACAUGGCAAGCUUGGCAGAGUAUCCCAUGCAGAAUGAAUUGGCAUCUGCCAUUAAUUCUGGGAAAAAGAAAAGGAAAAGAUGUGGGAUGUGCCCUCCCUGUCGCAGGCGGAUAAAUUGCGAGCAGUGCAGCAGUUGUCGGAAUCGUAAAACAGGCCACCAGAUUUGCAAAUUCCGAAAAUGUGAGGAACUUAAAAAGAAGCCUUCAGCUGCCCUGGAGAAGGUGAUGCUGCCGACAGGAGCAGCGUUCCGCUGGUUCCAGUAGAAGGAUCAAUUCCAAAGCUUUGUCAUCAGGUGCAUUGCCACCGCUUGCUUGUAUUGUCUCAAGCAAAGGAUAUUUGGCUGAAAAACUAAUGGAUGCACCUACUUUUCCUGAACCAAAAAUAAACAAAAGUAUAUGGCAACUUUCAUUCCUUUUUAUAUGUUCUGUUUGGUACCUUUGUCCUUUUUCAGCAGUUUUAAGUGAUUCUGACAUUGAUAAAUACAUUGCCAAACCGAGAAAUACCAGACUGAAUAUGGACAAUCAAAUCAUUUCUGUGUUUGGUGUUAAUGUUGUUUAUGUGUGAAAAUAAAACUGUACUUGUGUAGAGAAUGUACAUUUACAGCUAUAUUUUAAAACUAGUGGCUAAUGACGAGGACUAUUGUAAUUUAGCACCAUUGUUACUACUUACCACAUAUUCUGUAUUUCUGAUUUGUUCAUUUUUGUCAUAAAUCUCUAGUUUUUAAAUGGCUCAAAUGUUUGUAAUUAAAAGAAAAAUGACAAAGAUGUAGUAUCCCUUUUUCUGAUAAAAAAAAAAAAAAAAAAAAAAAUGUUAGUUUCGCUUUACUCUUGUGUUCAUGCAGCCAGAGAUAUCUGUUUUGAAGGGGUUGCUGGAAACUUUUAUUACUCAAUGUUUUUUUUUUUUAUUUUUUUUUUUUUAUUUUGUGAAAUUCACCACGACGAAUGUUCAGUUUUAUCUGUAGACAGAACUUUUAUAAAUAUUGAGAGACACAUUAAAAACCAGACCCAGCUCUGCUAUGCCCACAGCAGCUGGGAGCCCAAUCCUCUCGUUCAUACAGUAAUCUACAUCUUUCAACAGUCAUGUCCAGACCCAGCUCUGCUAUGCCCACAGCAGCUGGGACCCCAGUCCUCCCAUUCAUACUGUAAUCUACAUCUUUCAACAGUCAUGUUUGUAAUAUUUUAGAAGUUUGGGCUGUUUUGUGAAUUAAAUGAAUGCAUGUAUUUGUUAAAGAUUUACAGAUUAAAUCCUUUUGCCUGCUGUAUUUUUAAAUACUGUGCUUCAUUUUGUUAAAAACAACACAGUAUGAAAACAGUCAUGAAAACGUUGGGUUUGUUUUUUUGUUUUUUUUUCGCUUUGAGGAUCUGGUUUGACUUUGGUGAUUUAAGGUGGUACAGUAAAUACACUAUCAACAUAUGUAAUACUGAAAAUAUUCCCUUGGGUGCUUACUAUAAUUUUAUAUUUUAAUAAUAUAAGAAAUGUGAAAAUAGAUAGGAUGUUUUAAAAACCAUAAUGUGAGUGAGUGAUUGCAAUUUCAUAUCUAUAAAAUAAAAUUUGUUGCAAAAAGUUGCAGUUAACUGUACAUUUUGAUUACCCUGUAUUAUGUUUAAAGUGAUUCCAAAAAACUUUUGAGUCCAAGUAUAUAUCUGAUUUGAGUGUUGAAUGGAUGAACC